AAAUCCUUUUGCCACUCCCGCUUUCUUCCAUCGUUCUCCUUGGAGUACUGGCCGCUCCACGAUGUCUGGUUUGCUUAACUUUAUCUUGUAUUUCUUGGAUUCAAUUGUUGUAAUCCGAGUAACGUCUUGAAUGAACCUCUUUAAUUCGUGUUUGUUCUUCUAAGUUUCUAGAUUGCCGCUGUUCCUCCAUUUAUCUUCAAUUAGGUUAUUUUCAGCUAUUAUAUCUGCGGAGAAGUGGAAAUUCUACCUAUGAGAAUCUGAGGAACAGUGGUUUAUGGCUAAUAUUACAUCUCUUAUGAUCUCCAUUCGCCAAAACUCUCGAUUUGCCAAGAACCUUAGGAUCCACAUUCGGAAUCUCUCGGUAGAAACGAAUGGAGGCAAUAAAGGGUAUGAAGAGAUUGAACCGAGUGAGAAAUUGUUGAACCCUACUCGCCGGCAAGACGUCAGUGAGAUUGCGGAAGAGGUUUGUAAGGUCAUUAGGAACAAACCCAGAUGGGAGCAGACUCUGCUUUCUGAUUACCCUUCUUUCAAUUUCCAUGACCCGUCUUUUUUUCGCGAGCUUUUGAAGCAGUUAAACAAUGUUUUGCUUUCGUUGAGGUUUUUUCUCUGGUUGAGUUCGCAGCCUAACUUCUUGCCCCAUCCAGUCAGUUGCAACACGCUUUUCGAUGCUCUUUUGGAAGCCAAGGCUUGUGUUCCCGCUAAAUCUUUUCUUCAUUCUUUUGGUUUUAGUCCUGAGCCAGCUUCAUUGGAGAAUUACAUUCGAUGUGUUUGUGAGGGUGGUUUGGUUGAGGAAGCUGUUAAUGUAUUGGAUGUGUUAAAAGGGACUGGAUAUCGUCCAUCCAUUGAGACUUGGAACUUUGCUUUACGGAGUUGUCUUCAGUUUGAGAGGACUGAUCUUAUUUGGAAACUGUAUGAAGAGAUGAUGAAAGCUGGUGUGCAGAAGGAUGUGGGUAUUGAGACUGUGGGGUAUCUUAUCCAGGCAUUUUGCAGCGAUAACAAGGUUUCAAGAGCUUAUGAGCUUCUAAGACAGGCUUUAGAAGAUGGAUUGGCCCCUUGUAAUGAUGCUUUCAACAAAUUGAUUUCUAGAUUCUGUGAGGAGAAGAAUUAUGAUAGAGUAUCAGAACUUCUUCACACAAUGAUAGCUAAGAACCGUAAUCCGGAUAUUUUUACCUACCAGGAAAUCAUCAACGGGCUUUGCAAGGAAAGGAAGCAGCUUCAGGCAUUUGAGGUUUUCAAUGCCCUCAAGGGUCGGGGAUAUGCUCCUGAUAUGGUCAUGUAUACAACAAUGAUUCAUGGGCUUUGUAAGAUGAGGUGGCUUGGAGAUGCUAGAAAGCUGUGGUUUGAGAUGAUUGUUAAGGGAUUUCUUCCAAAUGAGUAUACGUACAACACGUUGAUUUAUGGAUAUUGUAAGAUUGGAAAUUUGGAUGAGGCCUUGAAGCUAUAUAAGGAAAUGCAUGAUAGAGGUUCUAAAGAAACCACUCUGAGCUGCAACAUACUGAUUGCAGGGUUGUGUCUACACGGAAGGACAGAUGAAGCAUACAACUUCUUUCGAGAAAUGCCUUGCAAGGAUGUAGUUUGCGAUAUUGUAACAUACAAUACCCUGAUUCAAGGAUUUUGCAGAGAGGGGAAGAUAUUGCAGAGCACAGACCUAUUUAAGGAGCUGCUAGAGCAGGGGUUGCAGCCUUCAACUUCCUCUUAUACUCAUCUAAUUCAAAAGCUUUGUCAAGUAGGUAGUGUGCAAGAAGCAAAGAAAAUGUGGAAUGAUUUGCAUAAUAGAGGUCUUCAGCCAAUGGUCUGCACUCGUGAUCACAUAAUUAAUGGAUUGUGUGAACAAGGAUGUGUGGUAGAGGGGAUGGAGUGGUUGAUAACUAUGUUGAAGAGCAAUCUCAAGCCUCAAAAGCAAACUUUUGUUAAGUUGGUUCAGAGUCUCAUUCAAAUAGGUAAAUUAGAUGAUUCUUUAUCAGUCAUAGGCUCAAUGCUUAGAGUAGGAUAUGAACUAGAAGAAGACACUCUCAGUUAUCUCUUGAAUAAACUAUGUGAAAACAAGUAUCAGUUUGUUGAAUCACAACUAGAGGAAAUCAUAAAUUUCAAUCAGUAGGAGAAUCUCUAUAUAUUAGGAGGCCAGUUUAAGAUGGUCAUACUCCGGUCGUCGAUGUUUUUUUUUAAAGCAGAUCCGUCAAAUGCUUCUUUGGGCUGUAAAUUUGCUCAAGUUGUUGUUUGGGUUGGGGGGACGUUCAUCGGCAAUUUUGAAUAUAUCCGAAUUUUCAUUCAUUGGAUUGGACAUGGGGCAGAUUGAUGAAUUAUAUUACUCAUCUUAAAACCCGUGUUGUCAAUCAUAUUUCUCAUUUGCUUUCGCGUAACUCAUUGAAGGUGGGAGAUGAAGUGUUAGAAGGGAUCUUUUUAACUCGGAGAGCUGUUCUUGUAUCAACCGAAUAACCUCUCUGAUUCAUCUCCACUGGGAAAAAUGUUCUCAACUUGGAAGAAGAUUGACAUGUGGAAACAGUGUUUAGAACCUUGUGUUUUGUCAAAGCUAUGUUAUGUUGUUGGUGGAGAAUUCUGUAGCGAAGUUAUGCAGUGGUUCUUAGGUCCAGAGUCAAUAUUUCAUAUAUGAGAAGUUGAUAUGAAAACAAUGCAGCUCAUUUAUUAGAUUAACUCCACUUCAUGGUUAUGAGUAAUUAUUUGCACGCAUUGGGUUAUAGAAUUUCCAUGUGAUGUAACUUAGCUCCUACCAUAUGUGCUGCGUUAUUGCAAAAUCGUGUUAAAUUUCACACUAAGUUUAAUUCUCAUUCCAAAUGUUAAGAUCAGUAUCAAAGCAAUACACAUCUCAUAUGAAGUCCGGUUCUAAUAAAAUAUAAGUUUCAUACAUUGUUUUCUUUUUCAUGCAUGCUUGACCCCUCCCCCUACCGUUUCCAAAGCCAUUUCUGUGGGCGAAAAGAGCAGCUUCAGCAUCUUCUGUUGUGGUUUGCAGAACUCUCGCUUUUGGCAGGGCAGGCAGGGAAUCUCUUCACAACUUACAGUUUUUGCUUUGUUUUUAUUCAGGUAUUCAUUAGCUGCAGUUAGAAUUUAAGAUAGAUAGCAAAACUUUGAAAGAAGCAUAUACCAUUUUGCUGUGACUAAAUCCUCCAGCAAAUUUCCCCACUUUUUCUGAUUGAUCAACUGCUCUUUGCUAAAGAUCGAAUAUCCCUAGUUACAAAAUAUGUUGGAUCAUUCUCAUCUUCGAAACACAGCUCCGUGUUUCGUUUCCACCCACCCAUUAAGGGAGGAAAGGAAUUUGUUUCCAGACAGAUAAGUCUCCUUACCAGUACAGAGGAAUAUUCCAUGCUCUUUCAAUGGUGCUCCGGGAAGGUCCAAGGGCUUUGUACAAGGGUUGGCUUCCUUCUGUCAUCGGAGUUGUUCCAUACGUGGGUCUUAACUUUGCUGUGUAUGAAUCACUCGAGAUUGGUUAAUUAAAAAUAAACCAUUUGGAAUUGUUGAAGAUUCAGAGCUCAGUGUGACAACACGCCUAGGAUGUGGAGCUGCUGCUGGAACAGUAGGUCAACUGUUGCUUAUCCUCUUGAUGUCAUUUGUAGAAGAAUGCAGAUGGUGGGCUGGAAUAAUGCUGCUUCUGUUGUCGCUGGUGAUGGAAGAAGUAAGGCAUCCCUCGAGUACACUGGCAUGGUUGAUGCUCUUAGAAAAGCUGUUCGUUAUGAAG